GCACGAGCUCGUCUCCACAUCGUAACUCCUCGCUCUUUUCCGUGAGUCCUCGACGCUGCUUAUGUCACAGCCGUAAACACUCAACGGUCUCGGCACCAGCGUCAGUCGGUCCGGCGGCGCUGAGAGUGAUGGUGACGGCCGCCGCUCCGUUUACCUUCCAGUCCGUUUGAUGAAGAAAAGCCGGCCUCCCGUCGACGACGCCCGCUCUGCGAUGGAGGGGCACGUUUUCCCCGACCAGGAGCAGCUGCUGCAGUUCCUGCGGAGGCUUAAGGAGGUUUUCGACGUGUGUGACGAGGACGCUGACGGCUUCAUUCGGGUGGAGCACUUGCUGGACCUUGGUCUUCAGUUCGGACAAGGAGACGAGGUAAAGGCGUUGACCAGGCACCUGGAUCCUAAUGCUCACGGGAAAAUCAACUUCAAAGACUUUUGCCAUGGAGUGUUUGCUAUCAAAGGCUGUGAGGAGAUACUGAAGAUGGCUGUGGGUCCUCGCAGUGCUUCCUCCAGCCAACCGUCUGUUACUGACAAUGGUUACAUUUACCAGAACGGCGAGGCCAGGCUGCGCACUCCGAUCAUCAUGUGUACCCGAUCCUACGCUGAGUGCAAUGCGAACAGUGAGGUGUGCGGUGCCGAUGGGGAGUGUGACAUGGACAGCAGCACUGAGAACAGCUCUGACUCUCUGAAUCCAAAACGGAAAGACAGCCACCACCUCACUGGCUCAGCGUCUGCAUCUGUCAUCUCUGGAGAGGAGCAGUUUGAGGACUAUGGUGAGGGGGAGGAUGUGGAGUUCAUUCCUAGCAGCCCGUGCCCUGAGGAAGACAACCAAACUAAUGGUUUCUCAGAUUGUAGUGCUGGGCAGACUCCUCAGAAGAUGCGGCAGCUUUAUAACAGUGAGCUGCUGGACAUCUACUGCUCUCAGUGCUGCAAGAAAGUCAAUCUACUCAAUGACCUGGAGGCUCGACUUCGAAACCUCAAGGCUAACAGCCCGAACAGAAAGAUUACCAGCACUGCGUUUGGACGUCAGCUGUUCCAGGCCAACCACAGUGUGUUUGGCUCGAGUCAAGGCAGCAGCACAGAGGAUCUGUUCACAGACAGCAUCGACUCCUGUGACCUGGACAUCACAGAGAAAGUCAGUUAUUUGGAGAAGAAAGUGACAGAGUUGGAAAGUGACAGUCUGGCCAACAGUGACCUCAAAUCUAAACUCAAACAGGAAAACACUCAGCUGGUCCACAGGGUCCAUGAGCUGGAGGAGCAGGUGAAGGAUGCAGAGGCGAGAGCAGACCAGUGUCUGGAGGAGGAGACCAGGAGGCACCGUGAGGUUUACAGCAAGAUGGAGAGAGACAGAAACCAAGAGUUGGACCUGCUCCACAACAGAGUACAGCAGUUAGAGGAAGAAAAUGGAGAGAUGAAGAUCAAUGUGUGCAGACUCAAGUCUCAGACAGAGAAACUGGACCAGGAGAAGCAGAGGAUGACAGACAAGCUGGAGGACACGAGUCUGAGGCUGAAGGAUGAGAUGGAUCUCUACAGAAAGAUACUGGACAAGCUGUGGUACAACCGCCAUGCAUUUCAAAAGGAAAAGGAGUCGAUGCAGGAGCUGAUUGAAGACCUGCGCCGGGAGGUGGAUUAUCUGCAGGUGUUCAAACUUGAGAUGGAGCACCCUGGAAAAGGAAAAGGACUGUCUGAGUACAACGCCAAGACCAGGGAGAGUGAAAUGGAACAUGAAGUCAGGAGGCUCAAACAGGAGAACCACAAGCUGCGGGAUCAGAACGACGACCUGAACGCCCAAAUUCUCAGUCUAAGUUUGUAUGAGGCUAAGAACCUGUUUGCCUGUCACACCAAGGCCCAGUGUCUGGCUGCAGAGAUCGACAACGCAUCCAGAGACGAGCUGGUUGACGCUUUGAAGGAGCAGGAGGAGAUCAACCUGCGUCUGAGGCAGUACAUGGAUAAAAUCAUUUUGGCCAUUCUCGACCACAACCCUUCUAUACUGGAGAUCAAGAGCUAAAUGUGCACUUACACACUCACACACACACACACACAUGCACGCACGCACGCACACACACACACCAAUAAUGUAUUGUAUAUCCUUCAGCACCACAGCAGUUGUUUGUCAAUAGACGAAUCCAGCGACCAAUGUGUGUUACGCCAUCUAGAGGCGCUGCCAUUACUGCAGUGGCGAGUCUCAUCAGCGACUCUUGGAGACGGCAGCACGGAGAGUCGGACCGAUGACGUCAGUGUUCACCCGUUGCUAAUAGACGCACAAUAUGAACGGUAACAGUAUUCACAUUUUUGAAUAAGAGCUCGACUUGUUGUGACAAUCACCAGAAGAUACAGAAAAACAGGACAUGGACUGCUGUAAAUCUAGAAUAGUGCAUAACAUAACGACUGUGGCUGUAAAUGACUCUCUUGUUAGUUUAAUGGUGGAGAGUUUUAAUUCAUAUUAUAGACCGUGUGUAUUCAUUUGAACAGGGUUAGCUUGUUGGUCCUCUGCUCACGCAGGGAGACUGUAAUGUGUGCUGUUGGUCUGUCGCUCGCAGAGACGCUCUGAAAUCAAGGCUUGAGUUUUUCUAACUGUAUCACGGCUCGUGGAAUACGACAACUGGACCAGCUCAGGGUAAAGUCAGGAGUUUAAUUAAACAAGUGUAAACGAUUGUGCACUUGCACGAGGAAAUGUAACAAAAGGAGGCCGUACACGUGCUGACAAAUAACUAAUUCACAAAGUGAAAAACGGAUAAAACUACAUUCUUUUGAGGAGCACGCAUUCAACACAUGCUGCUGUUAUCGGGAGUCGCCUCCACAGUACUGGCAGUUUGCUUACGACCAUCACUACUUCAGAUCUCCAUGCCACCACCGUUACAUUUUUGAAGCCUCUGAAACUGCCACAGUUCACUUCAUUCCUUAAAGACACUGUAUUGAUUAUUAUGUUGGAGAAGAGUGAAACACAAGCCACAUGUGAGGAGUGUGAAGAGUGCGUUACCAGUGUUUAACAUGUUUACUACAGACUGUUUGCCAAAGCUGUCCAUGGGGUUGUACAAUUAUUCAUCUCCCCGGCAGCCUUUAGUUUCUGAUAUCUAAUGAUGGCAUAAAAGUCACUCUAGCAGUGGCGGUUGCUGGUCUUUGAAAACAGAGGAAGCUCAUUUCAGGCCCAGUUAUUUAUACUUAAAUUCUGCAAAUGAACAACUAGAAACAAAGAAACGCGAUAAUGAUGUAAAACUGAAAUGCUAUACUCGUGUUUUUAUUUACUUGUACUAAUGAAAAUGGAGACUCCCCUCACAAGUAGUGGUGCAACGGAUCGUCAUUGGUCCGUCAUCCGUUCGGAUCAAUAUCUUCGGUUGGGCACACACGUGAUCCGCGGAUUGAUUUAUGAAAAAAAAAAAAGUUGUGCGCACACACAGCGUGGUCAUGGCGAGCGGAGGAACAGAGGAGCUUGAACGCCCCGCGUCAUUUAAAUCCCCUGUACGGGAGCAUUUUGGCUUCCCUGUCAAAUAUAAUGACGAAGGAAAGAGGUUAGUGGAUAAAACUGUGACGGUGUGUCGGCACUGUGGCACAAGAAAGCCACAUGACAGUGGAAACACAUCAAGCAUGGCCACACAUUCACCCCGGUGUAUCACCGUGGCAUUUAAGCAGCCCCUUGUUGCAAAAUCAGACCGGGCUAAAGCCAUCACAAACGCUAUCGGUGUGUUUAUAGGUGCAGACAUGAGGCCAUAUUCGGUUGUGUGUUCGGCUUUAAACACACGCUGAAAGUGCUUGAGCCACGUUACGACGGUGUGCCGUCGCGCACCCACUUCAGCGAAAAGAUUGUGCCAGACUUUUUUUGCUGAUCCGAAAAAUGAUCCGAUCCGAGGCAGACUGAGGCAGAAAAUCUCCACUGUUGUGUGUUUCUGCGACACUGUCAAUCAAAAACUGGUUCCGCCUUUCAGACAUUUCCUCCAAUCAUCAUGCAGAAGCCCAGCGUCCGCCCACUGCUCCACUGACUCCCAGAGAAGCUGAGCUUCUGUGGAAGUGAUGUUUUUGCUGCAUUUGUCCAAUCAGUGUCAAACUCAACACAGUGAACGAAAACCUAUUCUGUCGACGAAUAGAGAGAACCGUUGAUAAACAGCUGAUUCUUCUCAGUAGAGAUGGGCAAGAUAUAUCAUUUAAGAUGACAUCGUGAUUGUUGUUUUAAAGAUUUGCAAAUUGACAUUCUCGAGUCCUUAAAAAAACAAUGAAUCACUCCACACUUUCCCUGAAUGUGUGCAGCAGAAGCCCCCAGUGUCACAGGGAGAAAACAUGUGAAGUUGUUUUAUUAUUUGCUCUUGUUUGUGUGCGGCACAAUUGACCUUACAGUCGAGCAUCUGAAUGUUUACUACUGUAGUUCAGUUAUAAAUCUUAGAAUUUUUACUUGAAUGCUUAAAUUUAAAGAAAAUAAGAGUUGUUUUCCUGAAACAGUGUCAAGUGAUAUCAUUUGUAAUUAAAUUAAAAAAUUUAGCAAAUCAUUUAAUUGUUGUUGUCAAAAAGAUAUUGAGAAUAUAAAUUAUACCCAUAUCACCCACCUGUUUACUGUACACAUGAAAGCACAUUGACUGACACAGUUAAGAUCCUGCUGUUGGUUUUUGCUGUAGCAUUCACUGAUGGUUGCUGGCAAUUUACUUCCUAAUACUAAUAAGCCAAGGGAGCACAUAACGCCACCUAGUGGAGGGGACAUCAGUGUGUGUAUAGUGGUACAAGGACAGAAAUCCAAUGAAAUGUCACAGUCAAGCAUGGGAAUGUUCUGCUUCUUUUCCACUCACUCACUCACUGACAUGUGGCUUUUGUCUGAGAGGAGAAUCUAGAGCUACUUAACACAGAGUUGAAGUGAAGGACAGUGGUCACUGACUGCAGAGCCACGGUUUGGUAUCAUUGUGAAUUAGCUUAAAUCUGAGCAAACGGUAAUAUUCUGCCAGUGUAGGUUAGUGUCAUGUCACUGCUGUGAUCUAUAGAAGCUGCCAAAAAGCUACUCCACGUACUGUAAGUGUCCCAGUGAGCGGCGCAGCACUGGGCUGCUAAUGUGAGCACUGUCAUGUAAUAAAUGAAGCUAGUUUUGCUGCUGCUUUUCACAAACUCAUCACUUAUUCAUUCUUCUGACUGUUUAUUGGAUCUUUUUUGUACAUUUGCAUAUGAUAAGUGAACACAUGAUUUGAAUUAUGAUUUUGUCCAUUGUUGCCACUGUAAGCAAGAUGUUUGUUUUUAUAUUGACUUUGAUUUUGACACAGUAUUUGUGGUGUCAUGCUGUUAAAGUACAGAAUCUAGUUACUGUGUAUGUUUGUGCGGCUUAUUACAAAGUCUCUCUGAGAGAUCUGACACAGAAGAACUCAACUAUGUGUUGUAGAUUAUAAUAAUCAUAAUAUAGCACACUGAAAGUGUCAAAGUAUUUACCUGAUAUUUAAACUAUAGUCAGUGUCACAACUUAUGUGUUCACUCACGUUUCUUUCUUAUGUAUUGCACAUUGAACUAUAAGUGAUAAUGUUGUACAAAUUAUAUGUGUACUGUAAAUAAAAUGAAUUUGCUUUGGCAUGA